AAUAUAAAUUGGGUGAAGAAAUGGUCAGGGAAAUUUCUGUUCCAGCAUCAUAUAGUUAUAUAGAUGAAAUGUGUCAUGAACUUCUGUACAAAUGCAACAAGGAAGAUUUGAAAAAGACGUAUGAAACAUACAAAGCUAAGGAACCUGGUUCACUGACCAGCCAGUUUUCUCAGCGCAGGAGUAAGGAGGAAGCUAUCAGAAAUCAAACACAAAGGAAAAGAAAACUAACUGAGUUGUUUCCUUCAGGUGAUAUUCAACACCAAGACCAACAGAAAGAAAUGUCAAAAUCUGCUAGCAAGCAAAACCGCAAGGCACCUUGUUGCAGAAAAUGUGGACAACCAAUGAAAGGCCAUCAAAAAAGCAUAUGUGAAUCAAAUACAGCUGGUCAACAACAAAAUAGUUAGUAAAUAAAGAAUAUAUACAUUCAUAUUGGCAUAUUGUAUAAUAUAACAUACCUGAUAAUGAGAAAUUAAAGUAAUAAAUUCACUGUAUUUUUCCUUUUAAUGUGUGCCCGUGUAUCUAUUAUGGGAGUUUACUAAUAUCACAUUUAGGAAACUCAAAGUGCAGACAAUUAUUUCUCCCUUUCAAAAC